CAAAUAAUCCCUUUGAGGGGGUCAACAACCGUGCGAGAAUAACUGUGAAUACAAAAACCCAGCGAUUUGAUUUCAGAAACGUGAAUUAAAUCUCAUCGUAGGCCGAAUCGUGUAUCCGACUCUUCGGUGAGAGCUUUAUUUUGAAAGCCCGACUCGGAAGUCUCCCUGCCGCUCGGCCCAUCCGACGGCAGCGGGCGUUUGUCUUCCGGAACUAACCGAGAAGACGACGACGGACGAUGGCGUCCGGCGACGGAAUCCAGGUGCCGAGCCGGCUGCCGCUGCUGCUGAGCCACGAGGCGGUGCUCCUGCCGGGCUCCACGGCCCGGUUCACCGUGGACUCCCCGCGGAACAUGCACCUGGUCAGCCAGCGGCUGCUGCGGGGCACGUCGCUGAAGAGCACCAUCAUAGGGGUGAUUCCCAACACCAGGGACCCGGAGCGGGACACGGACGGCCUGCCCGCCCUGCACAAGAUUGGCACGGCGGGGAUAGCGGUGCAGGUGGUGGGCAGCAACUGGCCGAAGCCCCACUACACCCUCCUCAUCACCGGGUUGUGCCGCUUCAGUGUGUCCGGCCUGCUGAAGGAGCGACCCUUUGUCCUGGCCGAGGUGGAGCAGCUGGAUAAACUGGAGCAUUACACGACUCCGAUAACAGAGGGGGCCUCAUCCAGCGAGGGCGAGCUAGGGGAGCUGUCCCUCAAGUUCUACCAGGCUGCCGUACAGUUGCUGGGUAUGUUGGACAUGUCGGUUCCAGUGGUGGCCAAGUUCCGGCGUCUUCUGGACAGUCUGCCCAGGGCGGCUCUGCCCGAUGUGGUGGCCUCCAUGAUCCGCACCUCAAACAAGGAGAAACUCCAGGUCCUGGAUGCGUUGACCUUGGAGGAGCGAUUUAAGAGAGCUCUGCCCAUGUUGACCAGACAAAUAGAAGGACUAAAACUGCUGCAGAAAAACAGGAAGAUGUCUUCAGGUCCCGAAAAUGAGAAGCGGGUGCGUAAAGGGGGAGUGGUCUCGGGUCGGCCGUUCAACCUGGGUGAGGAGCCUGAAGAUGAGGACGGCGAUGACAUCGCCGCCUUGGAAAAGAAGGUUCACAGGGCCAAGAUGUCGGACGCCGCACUCCGAGUUUGCCUCAAAGAGCUCAACAGGUUGAAGAAGAUGCCCCAGUCAAUGCCCGAAUUCUCCCUGGCCAGAAACUACUUGGAUUUGAUGGUAGAGUUGCCAUGGAGCAAAAGCACCAAAGACUGCCUGGACAUCCAAGCGGCUCGCACCCUGUUGGACAACGACCACUAUGCCAUGGACAAGCUGAAGAGACGCGUGCUGGAGUACCUCGCGGUUAGACAGCUGAAGACUUCUCUGAAGGGGCCGAUCAUUUGCUUUGUGGGGCCCCCAGGAGUUGGUAAGACCAGUGUAGGACGCUCCAUCGCCAGGACCCUGGGCCGAGAGUUUCACCGCAUCGCUUUAGGAGGCAUCUGUGACCAGUCGGACAUCCGUGGACACAGGCGCACGUACGUGGGGAGCAUGCCCGGGCGCAUUAUCAACGGCCUGAAGACGGUCGGCGUGAAUAAUCCCGUGUUCCUCUUGGACGAGGUGGACAAGCUGGGGAGGGGCCUGCAGGGAGACCCGGCGGCCGCACUGCUGGAGGUCCUGGACCCGGAGCAGAACCACAGCUUCACUGACCAUUACCUCAACGUGGCCUUUGACCUCUCCCAAGUGCUCUUUAUCGCCACCGCGAACACCACGGCGACCAUCCCCCCCGCCCUGCUGGACAGGAUGGAGGUGCUGCAGGUAGCGGGCUACACCCGGGAGGAGAAGGUGGAGAUCGCUCACCGCCACCUGAUCCCAAACCAGCUGGAGCAGCAUGGACUGACGCCUCAGCAGCUGCACGUCCCGCAGGACACCACCCAGGACGUCAUCAGCAGCUACACCCGCGAGGCCGGCGUGCGUUCCCUGGAGAGGAAGUUUGGGGCCAUCUGCCGCGCGGUGGCGGUGAAAGUCGCCGAAGGCCGGCGAGGCGCCGCGACGGACGUUUCCGCCGCCGAGCGUCCGCCACAGCAGGGGGACAAGGCGGCGGCCCCCCCCGAGAUGCCCAUAGUGAUCGACCACGUGGCCCUGAGGGACAUCCUGGGGCCUCCUCUGUUUGAAAUGGAGGUGUCUGAGAGGCUCACCCUGCCAGGUGUGGCUGUGGGUCUGGCCUGGACCCCCCUGGGGGGGGAGAUUCUGUUUGUGGAGGCCAGUCGAAUGGAGGGAGAAGGUCAGCUCACCCUGACCGGUCAGCUUGGAGACGUUAUGAAAGAAUCCGCCCAUCUGGCGAUCAGCUGGCUCAGAGCAAAUGCUAAAACCUACCACCUCACCAACAUGGGCGGCGGCCCGGACCCGCUGGAAGGGACCGACAUCCAUCUCCACUUCCCAGCAGGAGCCGUCACCAAGGACGGCCCCUCUGCCGGCGUUACCAUAGUAACAUGCCUGGCCUCGCUGUUCAGCGGCCGACUGGUCAGAUCGGACGUCGCCAUGACGGGAGAGAUCACGCUGAGGGGGCUGGUGCUGCCGGUGGGCGGCAUCAAGGACAAGGUCCUCGCGGCCCACAGGGCCGGAGUGAAGCGCGUCAUCCUCCCGAAACGCAACGGCAAGGACCUGGAGGAGCUUCCGGCCAACGUCCGAGCCGACCUCGACUUCGUCACGGCCGCCGACCUGGACGAGGUGCUGAACGCCGCCUUUGACGGAGGGUUUCCGGGGACGGGCCACACCCACACCCACCCCCACCCUCAGCUGAGCAGCAAACUGUAAUAGACUUAAAAGGGCAGAGUGGGUCAUCAGCUUGGACUUUUGUUGUGUGACCGUAACUUUCUGUUGGCUCUUUGCUUUUGAGAUCUGAGGAUUAUUUUCCUAUUUAACCCCCUCGGGGUUCAGCGUCAGAUCUUAUAAACCUGAUUAUAAAUUUGAUGUAAUGAGGGUGUUUACAAUGUGAAAAUGUCCCUAACGACUAAUUACCGUGGCGUUUGAAUGUAAGAAAGAGAUUUAAAAAACAUGUACACAAUUCAUUUGAAAUCAAGUUGGGUUUUUUUAAUAUAAAACUGAUCAUUCAGAGCAGCUUUCCCGUUUGGUGGCAUGUGACAAAUGACUGCAAUCAUUUUGAUCAAUUCAGAAGGUAUCGGAUACGAACCUGCGCUAUGGAAUCUUUUUCCUGGACUCAUUUUAAAAUAAUAAAAAGAUCUCAAGCCAAAACA